AGGAUUGAAGGCGGGAGGGCAACAAGAGAAAGAAAAUGGGGAUGCCGUGGAGGCGCGAGAGGAAAGAGGACCCGGGGAGCAGACCGAGGAGAAAAGAACCCGCUAAAGCCAGCGUCAGAAGAGGCUGGGGACUGCGAGAAGAGAGGCUGGGGCCUGCAGUAGAGCGCGGCAGCUUUUAGCAUCCAUCCAGACUCUAAAGACUCGUGGCCUUUGCCUGACCUCGAGGGUCGGGAACAGACGCCCUGUCUUUGUGGAGAGCGGUACCCCACCGAGAGAAUGGGGCUGUUCGGGGCUGGGCCCUGCGCCUGGGACGCGGCGAGGCUUCGCUGGCCCCGGGCUGGCCCCUGAAGGCAGUGAACGGCCGGCCUGGAGGUUGGGGCCGAGGAAAGACGGUACCACCACCACCCGGAGCCAGAGCGCAGUCCGCUGCAGAGGCGCCGGCCGGGAGCCGUCUCUGGGGGACGCCGCCGCCGCUUCCCUCCUCCCGGGCUGCACGCUCCCCGGACAGUGGAGGCGACCGGCGAGGCCCUAGGGCCCGCGCGGCGCCCCGGGGGGACCGAGCUUCGGACAGUGCUCGGGGGACUCUGGCGCUGUGGAUGCCGCCGGGCUACCGCGCCCGCCUUCCCCCGCCCAGCGCUCUGGGCCCGCUCUGCGCACGCCGCCCGGCAACCCCGCGCGCGUCCCGCGGGGGCGCUGCGCCUCCCAGCCACACCGACACACGGCGGCCCCUCUCCCCUACACCUCCUGGCCGCACCACCCGCCUCUCCUCCCACCCUCCGCUCCCCUCCUCUCCCCUCCCCUCCCCUCCUUCCCCUCCCCUCCCGGCGAGGGGCGGGAGGGGGCGUGGCAGGGCCGGGGUUUGUGUGGCUGGGACCCGGCUCCUUGCACUCGGAGUCCGCGCGAGGAGCCGGGCCCCGGCCGCUGUCCAGCCGCUCCGUGCCCCUCGCGCCCUGCGCCGCCGCCUCUCCGGGAGACGCUGCCACUCGCUCGCCAUGGAUACUCCUAGAGUCCUGCUGUCGGCCGUCUUCCUCAUCAGUUUCCUGUGGGAUUUGCCCGGUUUCCAGCAGGCUUCCAUCUCCUCCUCCUCGUCGUCCGCGGAGCUGGGCUCUGCCAAGGGAAUGCGAAGUCGCAAGGAAGGGAAGAUGCCGCGGGCGCCACGAGACAGUACCACGGCCCGGGCGCCCCUGGAGCGCCACGAGCCAGGACCGCGGCCACAGGAUGAGCCCCGGCGGCGGCCGCCGCAGCAGCCCCAAGCGCAGGAGCUUCCUGGCAGGGGCCCGCGCGUGGUGCCCCACGAGUACAUGCUGUCAAUUUACAGGACUUACUCCAUCGCCGAGAAGCUGGGCAUCAAUGCCAGCUUUUUCCAGUCUUCCAAGUCGGCUAAUACGAUCACUAGCUUUGUAGACAGGGGACUAGACGAUCUCUCGCACACUCCUCUCCGGAGACAGAAGUAUUUGUUUGAUGUGUCCACGCUCUCAGACAAAGAAGAGCUGGUGGGCGCGGAGCUGCGGCUCUUUCGCCAGGAGCCCGCAACGCCCUGGGGGCCACCGGCCGGGCCGCUCCACGUGCAGCUCUUCCCCUGCUUGUCGCCCCUGCUGCUGGACGCGCGGACCCUGGACCCGCAGGGGGCGCCCCGGGCCGGCUGGGAAGUCUUCGACGUGUGGCAGGGCCUGCGCCAGCAGCCCUGGAAGCAGCUGUGCUUGGAGCUGCGGGCCGCGUGGGGCGAGCCGGGAGCCGGGGAGGCCGAGGCACGCGCGCCGGCGCCCCAGCAGCCGCCGCCCCCGGACCUGCGGAGUCUGGGCUUCGGCCGGAGGGUGCGGCCCCCCCAGGAGCGCGCCCUGCUCGUCGUGUUCACCAGAUCCCAGCGCAAGAACCUGUUCGCCGAGAUGCGCGAACAGCUGGGCUCGGCCGAGGUCGCGGGCCCCGGCGGCGCCGGCGCCGAGGGGUCGUGGCCGCCGCCGUCGGGCGCCCCGGACGCCGGGCCGUGGCUGCCCUCGCCCGGCCGCCGGCGGCGGCGCACAGCCUUCGCCAGCCGCCACGGUAAGCGGCACGGCAAGAAGUCGAGGCUGCGCUGCAGCAAGAAGCCCCUGCACGUGAACUUCAAGGAGCUGGGCUGGGACGACUGGAUUAUCGCGCCCCUGGAGUACGAGGCGUACCACUGCGAAGGCGUGUGCGACUUCCCGCUGCGCUCGCACCUGGAGCCCACCAACCACGCCAUCAUCCAGACGCUGAUGAACUCCAUGGAUCCCGGCUCCACCCCGCCCAGCUGCUGUGUGCCCACCAAAUUGACUCCCAUCAGCAUCCUGUACAUCGACGCGGGCAAUAACGUGGUCUACAAGCAGUACGAGGACAUGGUGGUGGAGUCCUGCGGCUGCAGGUAGCGGCGCCUUUCCUGCCGCCUUGGCCCCUGACGGCAGGGGAGGCCUGACUGCAGAGAGGCCGAGGAGCUGGCCUCGGAGGAGGCAGAGGGUGGGAGGAACAGCCUGGACGUGCAGCCGGGUGGGAGAGGAGGGAGCUCAGCCUUCCCAGAACCUUCCACCUGCCAGCCCCGAGGGAGAUACGGAUUUUCACACCUUGCCUGGCCACCCAGGAAAAACAAGCCAAGGAGGAUUUCUUUAGUUGUUGUUUUUUCCUUUUUCUUUAUUAUUGUGGCUUUGGAUUUCCUUGUGUGCCUCACAGGUUUUGAUAGGAGGUGGGGGGCGGGGAGACGCAGACCUGGUGCUCAACCGCUCCAUGGAUUGAAAAAUGUAUAGUUUAAGAAGAGAAACAGUGUGGGAGGAAGAAUCACCUUUGACCACGUCUUGGUUUGAUUGUUUUCUACCCAUGCAAAGAAGGUGGGGUUUUCUCCGGCCAUGUCCUAGCCUGUGCCUUGUGACCUCCCGAGCAGAGAGUGUUCCAAUAGAGGAAUUAGCACGGAGAAUAAGAAAGCCAGGAAGGGCCCUGCCUUUAGAAGAACUUGCUUGUAUACCGGGCUCUGCCCUGGCCUCUGCCAGUACAGGGAGCCGGCAACUGGCAUCUCACUCAAGGGGGCUCAGGUCGCUGCCUUUACUGUUGCUUUUUCUGGUCGGAGAAAGGGGAACUGGUAUGGAUGGAAUGACAAGAAUGAGCCCAAAUGGAACCCCCUGAAGGAUAAUGAGAAACCACCAGGCCUGCCUCUGAGGGGGCUGACACUGAGGUGUAUGAACCAGGCUGGAGGUAACCCAGGAAAGGCCCUUCUGUGGGGUCUGUUUCUAAUUGAUUUCUUUGAACAGAGUUUGCCAAAAUUCAGACAUCCCCUCUUAAGGGGAAGGUGAUUUUCCAGUUAAACUAAAAGCGAGUAGGGGAUGGGAAGCUAUAUAAGUAAGGUAAGAGGUGCGGAGAAGGGGGAGUGAGCCAAGAAGCAGAGGCUGAAGUCGGGAGGGGAGGUGGUGGGCCCCUCAGAAGGAUGGGGACAUAGGGGCCAGUCCAGAAGCAGGGAAGAGGGAUUCCGGUCCCUGUGCCCAGAGAUUUCUUUCACAUCUAUGUUCCCUCCCUUCUCUCUUAACAUUCCUGAAAGAUUACCUACCAGCCAGCAAUAGCCCAGGGCUCCCCCAAAAGAAUUGUUUCAGAUUGUAAUUACCAGUUAGGCAAUGUUUUUAAAACUUAGUAAUGAGAAACUGUGAAAAGAGCAAAGUGUUACAUUGAGCUCGGGGGGUGGGAGAUGGGGAAGGGACAGUGAGGAAGGAGGCAGGGGUGGGAUUCAUCUUCCGGAAGGAAGCAGGAGAGAGCAAAGCGCAAUUUAAAUACCCAUUCCCAGAUUGCCAAAUGCAUGGACUUUCCCCCAGCCUGCACCAGUAUGAUUUCCAAGCAUUGCCAAUGAGUAGAGUUAGUUUGCAGAGUUAGUUUCCUUCUCAUCUUUGACCAUGAAAUGGUUUAAACAAGGGAACUUGUACCAACCAUUUAAAAAGUUUUUGUUUUUCCUAAGCGGUUUUGCUCUCUCAAUCUAAGCCUGUUACUUGUUUGGUUCAGAGAACUACAAACUGUCCAAGAAAGGGUGAGAAUGAUAAUAAAUGCUAAUAUAAAAUGUCAAGUAAAAAAAAAAAAAAGACUUGGCCAGGAGAAAUAAUUUAAAAUGCACAUUUGCUUUGGAUGCACUGUUGUUCUGUUAAGGCUGUAUAUAUUUGUUUAUUUAAGGUGACUGAAAGUGCAAAGAGGAAGUGGAUAGCAUGCAAUUCAUCUUAAUGUACAAACGUUAUAUGCACUCAAAUGUUAUAAUUUCUAAUAUUUUUAAAGUUUAUAUUCGAGUUGUACAAAGUUAAGCAUUAAUCAGAUAUUUCAUUCUGUCCUAAUGUUAUCAUUUUCUUAAAUAUUAUUACAAAAUUUUAAGUCUGUCUAAUGGAGAGUUUUUUUAAACUGUCUACCUCACUAUAAUACAAGUAUUUACAACACUAAAGUUACCAGAGGUCGAUUUUAUAUUCAGAACAUUUUUUACAGUAUACGUUUCUUGGAUGAUAUUCAAUCUAAUACUGUAUUAUUAAACUCAUUUU